AUGGGCGAUGUCAUUGAAUCAUUUCUAACCCACCCAGACCCGGAGCGAUUCGGUGGGUGUCUGGACGGAAAAGAAAAUCUGCUUGAUAACCAUGGACAACUUAAGAAGAAACAGUCCCCAGGUGCAAGACCAUGGAAAAAUGCGUACAAAAUUACGUGGCUCAGAAAAUUCCAAGCUACUCCGUCUGAUUCAGAGAAACAACUACAGAGGAGUCGCAGAUGGUAUCAAUCGGCCAGUAUUGGACGCUGGUGCUGGACUGUGAUUCCAUACAUCAUAGUCGUGGGUUCCGGCAUCUACUUUCUCGUCACGUCUCUCACGACCGUGGCCGGCAGAGCUGGCAGUCGCACAUAUGCAUUCAGUAUGACCUGGGGUGCAGCAGACCAGAAUGCCCUCGGUCUGCUCAACAUGAACAUUACCAGUAGGCAGCCUGCGCUCACGAAGAGGGAGCAUGUUUCUAACCUUCUUUUUCCAGGAUCUAGCCCCACGUUGCGCAACUCCAUUAUCAUGUUCGCGAAUAUGUGGCAUUGGCUUUUAUCAUUGCUUUAUAUCCAAUGCAACUCCGUCCUGACAUGCAUGUGCGCCGAGGCCGAAUGGCAGAGUUAUGCGAGGAAACGAAAGAGCCUCCGUGUGACAACACCUCGAGGACUGCAACGGUCCACAUACUUUGUUUCGGUGCCCAUGCGUUACGGUCUCGCCUUCCAAUUGGCAUUUCCCGUGCUUCAUUGGACGCUCUCGCAGGGGGUGUUUCUCGUCGUCAUCCAAGGCUUUUGGCAAGGCUCUGCCGAAUACGAAGGCACGAACAACUUGCCCUUCCUGGCAUUCAGCUUCUGGCCAAUCUUCACAUCGAUCUUGAUUGGGAUUUCCAUCCUGUCUGUGCUGGUGACGGUAUCUCUCAAGAGACAUGCAAAUAUCAUGCCCAUGGGCGCAACCUGCAGCGCUGUCAUCAGUGCGGCUUGUCAUCCUCCCGCUGAGGAUGUCGAGGCACACUUGUUUCCUGUGCAAUGGGGACGUGUGCCUCCAAGGGCAAAGUCUUUGGCUAAGCUUGCGGACACCGAGAAUCCUUCUGGUUCCGACGAGGUAGACACGACCCUGGCACAGCACCACGUCACAUCCAACCCCCCCGAACCACAACACUUGGAGAUAACCAGCCAAUCUGGGCAAUCUCAAUCUGUGAAGGGGCACCACUACGAGCUCGUGCCACCGUCAGCCUCCCGCGAUGACCAGAACCUUCAGGGAAGCGAUAUUGAUUCGACCGCGGAAGAGCAGCAGCAGCACAGUGGACGCGAAGAGGAUGUGCCCCUUAUGAUGCAAGUAUCCCCUUCACAGCGGUCGAUGGUUAAACCGCCGAGUUGUACUACGACCGAAAUACGCACGCCGGCGCAAGAUAACAUGCGCCACUACACCUUCACCACAUAUGCCCACGUCGAGUGCGCCACAAGCGAGGAAAAGUAUCCUGACCUCUACCUGAAACACGAUUGCGAGUAUCACUAG